CCGAUGGAUCCAUCACCUCUCCCACCACUCCCGGCCGCCGCAACCGCCACGGCUGCCUCCGUGCAACUCAGCUACCCGGACUCACUCGAAUCCUCCCCCCGAUCCCGCAAUGCGGACGCUGCUUGGGACGUCGAGCCUCUCCCUCAGGUCCCCGGCGCCAAGCUCCGGCUCAUGUGCAGCUACGGCGGCCACAUCAUCCCUCGGCCGCACGACAAGUCGCUCUGCUACGUCGGCGGCGAGACUCGCAUUAUCGUCGUGGACCGCCACUCCUCACUCUCCGACCUCUGCUCCCGCCUCUCCCGGACGCUCCUCAACGGCCGCCCGUUCUCGCUCAAGUACCAGCUCCCGACGGAGGACCUCGACUCGCUCAUCUCCGUCACCACCGACGAGGAUCUCGAGAACAUGGUGGAGGAGUACGAGCGCACCACCUCGUCGGCGUCGCCGUUAAAGCCGUCGUCGAGGAUCCGUCUAUUCCUCUUCUUCGGCAAGCCGGAGACGACGGCGUCCAUGGGGGCUCUGCUCCACGAAGCCAAGUCCGAUUCGUGGUUCGUCGACGCGCUCAACGGCUCUGGUAUGCUGCCGCGGAAUUUGUCCGACUCGGCCGCGACCAUGGACUGCUUGUUGACCGGCGGGAGUGACUCUUGUAACGACUUGGAGGCGGCGGCGGCGAAUCAGGGCGACUUCUUCGGGGAUCAUGGUAGUGGAAAACCUAAUGUGGCGGUGCCUGAAGUGCAUUCGAUUUCGGAUUCGGCGUUUGUGGAGAACAAUACGUCGUCGUCUGGAUCGUCUACUUCGUCGUCUUGCUUGGCCAAUUUGCCCCAAAUUAAGGUUAGAGUGGAUGGAAAUGUGGCUGGAGUAGUGCAAGGUCAGAAGCCAGCUGGCAUUGAGGAGCAGUUCGCUCAGAUAAGCUUGGUUGCUGCUGCUCCUGUGGCUGUAAACUCUGGAGCUGGUGAAACUAUGAACAGGAUCAACUCGGAGGAUGAUAUUUCGGCACAGAAUGUGCCUGUCGCGUUUCGAAAACCGCCUUUGCCAAUGCCGUUGCAGCCUCAGCAUUUCAAGCAUGGUGGUGGUGGAGGUGGAGGUUAUAGCUUGCCUUCACCGGAUUCAGUUGCAAGUGAUAGUAGCAUUGCGUCUGCAAACUCUCUGUCAAAACCAAUGUACUAUCAAGAGCAAGUUCAAGUUGUAGCUAGAGAGGCCAGAGGUCCUGUUAGCCCGCCAAGUGAUACUUCAGAUCAGGGUUCCCGAAACCAAGUUCAGGAUUCAGGGUACAGUAUUCCUCCACAAUCAGAUCAACAACAGCAAAAUCAGCUUCAGCAACAACAGCAGCAACAACAACAACUGUUACAGCAGCAGCAUCAGCAGCAACAACAGCUCCAACAGCAGCAUCUCCAGCAGCAGCAACAGCAGCAACAACAAUUUGUCCAUGCAAGCGCGCAAUAUAUGAAUAUUCAGCACCCUGUUACUGGUCAAGUGCCAGUGUCACCUUACUACACAAUGUAUGCUCCUCCAUCGCAGCAGCAACAACUUCAUCACCAAAUUGAUCAUCAGCAGCAGUAUCCUGUCUAUAUAAUGCCUGUUCCACAGUCGCAACAACCAUACAAGAUGGCUCUGCAGUCUAAUAUAGCCGAUCCAACUGUUGUUGCCUCGACCCACAUUACCUCCCAUAACCCUGCUGCUUACAAGGACAGUAUCCCACCCAUUUAUCCCCCAAAGACAGCUUCACCUGCUAUGACCGAAAUGACUCAAAGUCUUUACCAAACCUCUGUGACACCAACUCCUCAAUUAGUCCAAAUCCCUUCCGGGCAAUAUCAGCAGCAGUUUGUUGGUUACUCAAUGCAUCAUCCAUCUCAAUCCAUUACUGUUCCUUCCUCUACGACAGCACCCAACUAUGCUUAUGAAUAUGCCAAUCCUUCACAUGAACAAGUAUUCUACACUCAGCAUCAAGCAUCCCCAUUGCCUCAAUACCAAUCCAUGACUCCAGCAGCCGCAGCCGCAGCAGUAGCAAUGUCAGAUGAAGCAAAGCAGGUAGCCUCAUCAUACCCAACAGCGGAUCAAAGCCACACACCACCGUAACUCCUUAGGCAAGAAAUCAAAACAUGAAGUGGUGGGUUAAAAGUUGGAGGUUAAUUUUUACCUUAAUUACAUAUAUUCUCUUCUUGAUGGUUAUUCUAUAUAGACUUUGCUAAUUGCUCAUAUGCAUAGGGUUUUAUAAUAAAUAACAUAUUUUCU